AUGCCUCCCAAGGUGGUCACACGCCACACACCAGCUAUUAGCGAGGCCACUCUUACCGGAGAAAAAAAUGAAAAGUCCUUUUCCAAGGAAUCUGAAUCCUUGCACCUCGACCUCUCAAAGGAGAUCGAUGUCGAGGCACAGACACCCACUCAACGCAAGCCCAAGUUGUUUGCAUCCACCCGAUAUGCCAUUCUCACAUUGUACCGACGUCUGUUCACGCUAGUAUUCUCCGCCAACGUUGCAAUGUUCGUGUACGUCAUGAGCACUGAGCAAAAACUGCUGGCCCUGGUCAAUGCAACCGCGGCCAAUUUGCUCGCUUGCGGACUAGCCCGCCAGCCACUGGUGGUCAAUGCCAUCUUCGUGGUAGUCUGUUCCCUGCCGCGCUCAGCGCCCCUUCCCCUCCGUCGCAUCGCCGCCAAGGUCUACCACUAUGGUGGUGUUCAUAGCGGCUGUGGAGUCGCAUCCCUGGUGUGGUACAUGGGAUUCGUGGGCGUGUUAUCUCACCAAUAUUGGAGCCCGUCAGCGGAUGCUUCGGAUAUGGGCAUUUCAACCGCACCAGUUGCGCUAGCUUAUGUCAUCUUGCUCCUGUUGCUCGCAAUCAUCGUGGUGGCCCACCCCGCCUUCCGGAUGAAACGACAUGAUUAUUUCGAAUUGACCCACCGUUUCUCGGGGUGGCUUCUCGUGGCCUUAUUCGUCGCUCUGUUGCUGGUCUUCUCUCGAGGCGCGAGCAAGGCACAGGGAAUAUCACUUGGAACAUUCCUCAUCGAACUACCAGCAUUCUGGUUCCUGAUUUUCACGGUAGCGGCCAUUAUCCAGCCUUGGCUAUUUCUCCGUAAGGUCGCGGUGCGGGCCGAGCCACUCUCGACCCACGCCACUCGUCUGCAUUUCGACCAUGCUAUUACCACCUUCGGAAAGGGCAUCCAACUCGCCAAGCACCCGCUCCACGACUGGCAUAGUUUCGCCACUUUCCCAGACCCGACCCCCGCAGGUGUGCACGGCAACCCAAGUUUCUCUUGCUUGGUGUCCAAGGCUGGUGACUGGACUGCAGCAACGAUCCAAAACUCUCCUACUCACCUCUGGAAACGUGGCGUGUUAAUCUAUGGCUUUGCAUAUGCCAUGCGCGUUUUCAAGAGAGUCAUAGUCGUUACUACCGGAUCCGGCAUUGGUCCUUGUCUGUCAUUCCUCGGUGAUGAUAACAGACCCGCUCUGCGAGUGCUCUGGCAAACUCGUGCCCCCCGACGAACCUACGGUGACGGGGUGAUGCACCUAGUGCAUAAGAUGGAUUCAGCGCCCAUCAUCCUUGACACCGACAAGUGUGGGCGUAUGGACAUGGUUCCUAUCAUCCUGCAGCAAAUCAAGGACUUCAAAGCUGAAGCGGUAUGCGUGAUCAGUAACCCUGUGCUGACGACGCGAAUCGUCUAUGAGCUUGAAGCGAGAGGGACCCCGGCUUUUGGCCCCAUUUUUGAUUCCUAA